GCAUGGUCAAGGAACGUACAUCUACAAAGAAAGUGGAUCUAAAUAUGUUGGUGGUUGGACAAAUGGAAACCAGGGAGGAGCAGCUGAACUUAUCCACCUAAACCACCGUUUUCAGGGCAUGUUUUUGCAUGGAUAUCCUAUAGGUCAUGGUAAAUAUGUCUUUGACAGUGGAUGUGAGCAGCGUGGUGAAUACAUACACCCAGAGCCGGUAAAAGAAACAGGAGAAGAAGAGGAGGAGGAACACACAUUACUCGUUCCACCCAAAUGGAAAGCAACAGAUAUUACCAAAGUAACACUCUGGACACCCACUGAGGAACAACCGGCUUCUGCCACGGAAACCUCACAAGCAGCAGCACCGGCAGAAGAAGGAACAGCAGAAGGAGCAGCAGCAGUAGAGGAAGAAAUGCCAUCAAGUGCAGUCACUGAUGAGUCUGUUGAAGGUGGGGAGGAUGAGCCUUCUCCUCAUGAAGCAUACAGUGGACCUUUGAGCUCAGCAAAGGAGGCAGAAGAGGUAGAGGAAGAGGAAGAAAGCAGAGAGGAAGAAGAAAGCAAAGAUGAUCAGGAGGAUCAAG